CCGCGUUAUGCAACACUCUUUCAAGUCCGGGGUUUUUCCGGGAGGGUUGGAAUUCGAAAAAGUGUGGGGUUCCGCUGAAAAGUUUCCCUACUAAACUGAUGGUGGCGUGAUAGGAUUUCCGACGAAAUCAUUAAUGAAUAUGCUGGAAGAGGCUCAUUGUGUCAACUAUCCGACCGGUACUUGAAAUGUCAUUGGACAACGUAGGUGCCGUACGCGGUCCACAGUAUCACAAACGCGAUUUCGCGACAUUUGGACAUUGCAAAACAAAAGCCGAUACAACCACUGAUUUGGGUGAAGAAUGCACUGAUUUUUAUAAUAUCAAAAAGCCCACGUCGGCGUCAUCGGUUACACUGAAGCAGACCUCGACACCAUCACCAAGUUAUCCAUCGGCGAAUUCGUGGCCUGGGUUUGGAAGCCGUUAUGCUCAUAUCGGCGAAGACAUCCAAGUUCCUACUGUAGACUCUAUCAAGUCACCAUGUGGCGCCAAGUGCGAAUUACCUUUUCGACAGCAAAAGCCGGGAAGGCGUGUAUAUGUAUUUUCAUCGAAGAUGGCAAAUGAUGCAGCCAUCGGCGUGCGCCAAAAAAAGUAUGAAUCGAUUAUUGCUUGGCAUGAAGCGAACUGCCGGCCGAGCACUUCCAAGUGUGAUUUCACGGACGAUUGUCAGGCAGCGCCCAUAUUGAAAAAAAAACGACGUAGUGUGCAAGACUAUCGGAACGGAUCACCGAUGAGAUCAUGUGGUACACCUUCCGUAUGCAGCCCAUCAAGUACAAUGCUUCCAACGCCUUCGCAGACAAGCGGAGAGUCGAGUGGUAAUCCACCAAGUAAUCCUUCUGAAACACCUUCUGGUGAAUUGCUCAACCCUGAUGAUCAUACUGAUAUUGGCGAUAAUCCGUUAAGAAGGAUGGAACGUAUGACACAGGAUUCGCUUUUUGAGCCUCCCUCAAAAUUAUGUCGUACGUCUACUGACAACAGCCAACCUGCGAGAAGAGAACAGGAUCGUAAUGCAAAGUUGGAAAAAAUGCGGACACUUGAACAACAAAUAAUGUAUGAUAAAGCCAAAACAGAGUGGGAUCGGAUGAUGCAUGAGCAUGAAGCAAUCAAAAUGACUCGUAGCCAUAUGCCUGCUCUGAUCCCACCUUGUUCCUCUCAAGCAUCAGUUCCGGCUCCUUAUCCAUGCACAUUUGCUAAUCAGAAUGGAAUUCUGAUACAAGGGACAUGUCGACGGCCCAUGUAUCCACAACCGCUACAAUCAACAGAACCGCCAUCAUCAAUGUCCAAUAUUUCCAUGAACACUCCGAUGAUGGUCUCAUUGCCGCAGACUUCUGGGCCGAACAUGCCGAUGUCCCAGCCCUUAAGGCCAUCGCUAAAUCCAUCCGCCUGCAGCAUGCAGUACUCACAGUGCGGUUUUAUGUGUUGUUCUUAUCCCCCUAGUAACUACCCUCCCCCCCAAGGUUAUUCUCAUAUAAAUGGUACCGCAUCGUCAUGCUUUCCUUCCAGCUUCGUCUCCAGCAAUGGAAAUGUGGCACCACAACCCAGAGACUAUGGUAUGUACCAACAGGGAAUUCGGACGGUAUGCUCACCGGAGAAAAUGGAGUGUGAUAUGUGGAAUAGGCAGAUACCGGCGGUCCCUGCUGACUUUAAUAAUACUUUUCCAGACCAUAAAGUGCAGUACCACCCUAAUGGUGCAGUGGUAGAUGGCAAAUUGUUGGAUGUUGUUACCAGCACGAAUCCAAUGUUUGCUUAAUUCGUUCGUUUUUCCUAUGACUAUUUUUCAUGCUGCAAUAAACACUUUUUUGUUUUUGUGAUGCACCUUCUAUUAUGAAUAAAAUCUCUGGUAGUG